CAACUCCGUAGACGUUUUCGCUACCUUACGCCACAUCGCCCAAGGCGUAGCCGAAAUGUUCAGCCCGACGGGUUUAUCGGAGUGUUUUCGCGAGUGGGGAGAAUUAGAGAAGGACUACCAACAAAUUCAAGUAUAAUCUGAAAAAUAUCAAAACCCUUGAAGUCAACUACGAUUUUCCCACCGGAGCGGUGGAAGGAGAAAAAUGGAUGGGUGAAAUCCUGCGUUUGCUCAACAGGACACGCACCGUCUGUACAGAGUGAAGCUCGAGGAAGUCACCAAGUUGCAAAACAGCUGCUCUUCCGCCAUCUCACGUCACCGAAAGAAGCUGAAAGAGCUUUCGACGUCGCUACGGCAAUGCGGAGCCCAGCACCCGGAGCAAAAGUUAAGUCCGGCGGAAGUGGACUCCAUCGGCGACAUCGAGGUGACAAUCGGCGAACGAGCGGAUGCCUUCUCCGAGAUGGAAGCCUUUCUGCCGAAGAAGAACGGGUUAUACCUCACUCUUGUUUUAGGGAACGUCAACGUCACGCUCCUCAAUAAGCAGUCAAAAUUCGCCUACAAGGAUGAAUAUGAGAAAUUUAAGCUGGUGCUCACCGUCAUCCUCUUCCUCUUCUCCUUCACUUGUCGCUUUUUAUUCAGCUACAGAGCCUUAGACGCCUUAUUCAACUUCCUCCUCGUGUGGUACUACUGCACGCUCACCAUCCGCGAGAGCAUCCUCAUCAACAACGGCUCAAGGAUCCGGGGUUGGUGGGUUUUCCAUCACUACGUGUCAACCUUCCUUUCUGGUGUCAUGCUCACAUGGCCCGAGGGGACUCUGUACCAAAUGUUUCGGAACCAGUUUCUCUCUUACUGCUUGUACCAAAGUUUUGUCCAGUUUUUGCAGUACUACUACCAGAGUGGCUGCUUGUACAGACUGCGAGCCCUCGGAGAACGACACAACAUGGACCUCACUGUUGAAGGUUUCCAGUCGUGGAUGUGGAGGGGGCUGACUUUCCUGCUGCCGUUCUUGUUCUUUGGCCACUUCUGGCAGCUGUACAACGGGCUCACGCUUUUCAAGAUGUCGCAGCUUCCGGAGUGCAAAGAAUGGCAGGUGGCGAUGUGCGGCUGCUCCUACGUAACGCUCUUCCUGGGCAACUUCUUCACCACGUUGGGCGUGGUGUACCACAAGUACAUGAUGAACCGAGACAAGGCCAAGUCCUUGUAGGACUUCAAUGUUUGUAGCUCCUUUUCCAGACCUCCAUUUUACCAUUUCGCUUAUGCGCUCGCUCGGCCCGCGUCGCCGCUCGAGUGUACGUACUGUGGAUGUGAUCUGUUUGGGUAUGACUCAGAAUAUCAUAUCAAUCGUCAGCAUGUACGUAAUUCUACGAGGCAAGCUUUUGUCUCGUGUAUAAUUUCCCUUCAAAACGUGCCUAAUAAUAAUAAUAAUAAUAAUAAAAAGCACUCCUCCUCAAAGGCAUCUUGCUUUU